UGGAGAGUGAGCUGCCAUGUUAGCCUCAUGUUAGCCUCAUGAAAACACCCAGACCGUCUUGAAUUUCAACAGGGACAACUCCAAUAUAAAGUGUUUUUUCUCAAAGUUGCUGAGAUUUCACGCGCAUCACACUUAUAUCAGCACACUCCUAACUGCCUAAGCAUCACCAAACUGCUAUUCGAUCAAAUAAGCCUCAUGUAUCAAAAUGGCAAUUCAUUUGUAUCUGUACUAAAUUCGACAGUCUCUCAUCACCAUACAACACUCUUCACUUGCUUAAUCACUGAUGAUUUACACAGAUUUUGGACGGAGUAAAACCUCUUGCUUCACCUCUUCCUCUCUGGAAGAGAACAUGUCUCGUUCCUACCUGUUCUUCCUCUCCUUGUGGAGCUCUGUUAUUGUGGUCGGACGCGGUUGUCCUGAACUAUGCAACUGCUCCGACAAAUACGGACGCCACUUCGCUGAAUGCUCCUACAAAGACUUGGUUGACAUCCCUGAAAGGCUGCCCCCCAACGUGACCACUCUGAGUCUCACCGCCAACAAAAUAUCUCUGGUGGAGUCGGGCAGCUUCGACAAUGUGACCCAAGUCACGUCCUUGUGGAUGGCCCAUAACGAGAUAGUCACCAUGGAACCGGGCACCCUGACUCCCCUGGUCAAGCUGAGGAACUUUGACGUCAGUCACAACAAGAUGGUGCAUUUCCCCUGGGAGGAUCUCCGUCACCUCACAGCCCUGCAGCUGCUGAAGAUGGACCACAAUGAGAUGGUCAGUCUGCCGAAAGACUCCUUCUCUAACCUCAAGGACCUGAGGUCUCUCCGCCUCAACAACAACAGGUUCACCACUAUAACGCAGGGGACUUUCGACAGCCUGACCUCCCUGUCUCAUCUACAGCUCUAUAACAACCCAUUCACAUGCCACUGCAGGAUGGACUGGCUGAGGGACUGGAUUCUAAACUCCACCAUUACGGUUCCAGAACAGAACUUGAUUGUCUGUGAAACUCCAGAGCAGUUGAGAGGAGCGGAGAUGGUGAAACUGUCUGAGUCAAAGUGCAUGACCCCUAACGUCAGCAUAACGGCUGAGCCUGACGUUGAGAACACGACACUCUAUGAAGGCACAGUGUUGAUCCUGAACUGUGAGAUCAAAGGGAACCCAAAGCCAGAGGUUAUCUGGAAAAUACACACAAACCGUCAAAGUGUAGAGUAUCCUCUGUCCACCAAAGAUAAAGAAUCAGCAGAAUCCAAUGAAUCUAACGAGGAUUCUAGAACGACGGACAAUCCAUUUGAAGUGUUCCGUAACGGCACUCUAGUCAUACCGCGCCUUAGUAGCAAGGACAAUGGCAACUACAGCUGUACCGCCACCAAUGAGUUUGGUAAAGAUGACGAUUCACUAUCAAUAGUAGUGGUAGUACCAAAACCACCACCACCUCAACCUGUUGGAAAAGUGAUUGACCCACCAGUUAUUAUUAAUGGGGAGAAAAUCCCCUCAGUACUUCAACCUGUGAUCAAAACCUCCAUUAAUAACCCUUUUAAACCAUUGAAUAUUCCCCAUUUGGAGGGAAAGUACAAUAUCUUCCCAACCCUUCCUCCCAUUGAAGUUGACACUGAGCGUACGGAGCAAGUGCCCAAAUAUCCAUCCCGUGCAACUAGCAAAUGUACCUUGACCAGUGAGACACAGUACAUCUCCAACCAGGCCUUCAAUUUAAGCCUGGAAGAUGUCAGGCAGUAUACCUUUGACUUUGGAGUCAUAGCCUUAGGGGUGUCAGAGACCGAGGCUAAAGUUAGACUCAAUCCUCUCCUCCUUCCUAAAGACGACACAGACAUCCGUCUCAGCGCCUCAGAAGGGUUCCAUUCCAUCCACAACCAAUCAGAGGUAACCAGGAGAGCCCGGGCGGACUCAGGGCUGUAUCUGUGUGUCACCUCAGACCACAGACACUCAGCCAUCCAGUGGUCCAGGAUGGAAGAUGGCGUCAACACCUAUCUGUUCCAGGACCUGCGCCCCGGCGCCAACUACUCCCUCUGUCUCACCUACAGAGGAGAGGACUGCGAGGUACAGGUCCUCUUCACCACCAGGAAGAGAGUUCCUAACCUGUUAAUCAUUAUAGUCGUCAGUAUCUGUCUCCUCACCGUCUCCACCGUGCCCCUGCUGGGGGCCACCUGCUUCCACCUAGUCUACAAAUAUAGGAACAAGACGUACAAGCUCAUCAUGAAGGCUAAAGACCACCAGCAUCACAUGGAGAGGAACCUAGUGGUCAACUUCAACCUGAGGAACUCGUACGCCGAGUCACAGACGCAGAUCACAGCCAGCGAGACGGGGGAGGGAGAGGACGGGGAGUCGGAGAGUGGGGGGGAGAGAGAGGAGGACGUGGAGGGGAGUGGGCUGACCGAGUCAUUCACUCUGUCUCAGUACAGAGGGAAUCUGGAUGAGUGUGAGAUGGGGUCAGAGUUCAGCGAUAGGUUACCACUCGGGGCAGAAGCUGUUAAUAUCUCUGGGCAGUACAAAGAGCCACGCCACUGAUCCUGUUGUUGUUGUUAGUGUUUGAUAGAUCGUCUUGACUAGACAGGUUCUAGUCCUCUUCAGUCAGGAUCACAUGUAAUGUAAGUCUCACAGUAACUGUUUAUCGAUCCCAUGAGAGAAGAACCUGUGACCUGUCAUUUUUUCAAAAUGGCUGCCGUAUCAAUGACCUGGAUACAGUGUAGACAAAGUCAUAGGUGCUUCCGCUGUUGAAA